UCCUCCCCUUUUUGCCUAGUCACUUUUGUUUCAACAUGGGUGUGACUUUCGAUUCUGCUCCCCUCCCUCUUAUGUCACUGCUUCAGUUACUUUGAAUUGGAAUAAAAACUGCAGCAAACUUCAGACGCUGGCUUUCUGUGCAGACUUAACAAGACCUGGGACCUUUUUUUCUUCUUCUUCUUCUGCCCCUCCUUUGUGCAGGCUCGGAGAGGAAUUCCUUGCCUUUUACACAUUAACUCGAAGAGGAAACAAUGGCCAAGUUCUGGUUGUGUGCAGCUGUUGGAUUUUACUUGUUGCAGCUUUCUUUAGCCCAGAUAGGUUUGAAUAUAAGUUGCAGAUAUGCAGGUGUUUUCCAUGUUGAGAAGAAUCAUCGUUACAGCCUUUCAAAAGACGAGGCCAUUGAGCUUUGUAAAGCCCUCAACAGCACCAUUCCAACAUGGGAUCAGAUGGAGAAAGCUUUUGAACUUGGAUUUGAAACCUGCAGAUAUGGUUAUAUAGAAGACAAAAUUGUAAUUCCUCGACAAACCCCUUAUCAUCUGUGUGCAGCAAAUAACACUGGGAUUUACAUUCUUAUGUCAAAUAUAUCGGACAAAUACGAUGCCUAUUGCUUCAAUGCAUCAGAAACAAGGCUGAAGGUUUGUGACCCAGUGACAAAAUUAUACUCCGUUUGGCCAGAUGAAGAUAGCCAAAUAGAAAUUUUCAAUGCUGAUGGAUCACGUUAUAUUGAGGGACAGAAAUUCACAGAACGGCCACCAGUUACUGAUGAUGACACUGGUGUGGGCAGUGGUUCUGCAAAUGACAGAGGAACGACAGAUCCCAGUAUCAUCAGACCUGGUAUCUCUUCACAUUAUCCUCAUCCUGCAGAUGAUGUUGCUUCAACAUUUACCUCGAACCAUUUUGAUGAAGAAGAUGAAUAUAGAACUUAUGGUCCAGGGAUACAUGAUGAUCAUAAUGAAAGAGAUCAUUCCAAAGACCAACAUCCUGAAAGUACUAAUUUAGACUUGCAUAAGAAGCAAGAAGAUUCAGCACAAGAACACAACACACCUGGAUUUGAAGGGGAUAAGUAUGAUAGAAAGGUUCAGCUUUCUCCUAGUAUCACUGUCAGCCCUCAUCACAGCUCACAUGAAGAAACGUCCACCCAACAUCAACGGAAUUACUCUGUAUUGUUGUCCAGUAUUGAUUAUAAGGAGGUGCAGCAUCCCACUGAAGGAACUUGGGAUGAGAGUUCUGAAGAAAAUGAUGAUGAUGGUGGUGGUGAUGAUGAUGAGGAUGAUCAUAAUGAAGAAGGGUCUGGGCACAUAAAUCCUGAAACAGUUCUUGAGUGGAACAGCAGUGGUGAUAAGGAACCUCAGCCAUCAGAUACCACUGUGGUCUCCAUCAAAGAUGUCAAACAUGAAGACUCAGCCCAUGAUUCAUUUCUACAUGGUGUACCCUCUGGAAAGGACAAUGAAGUCCAAUAUUCAACAAAUGGCACAAGGGAGGAUGUGCCACCUCGAAUUGUUCCUCUAGGUGAUGAUGAUCAUAAUUCAACAGCUACCGCUGUGUCCUCCAGUGAUGAUUACUUCAAGCAGGAAGACUCAACUCAGAAUCCACUAGAUGGUGCUCACUCUGGAUUGGAAACUGAAGACAUAGUACCUACCACGACCACUUCACAUGUAUUGCAUCCAGGACUUGUUCCAUCAAGUGAAAGGGAAAGAACUUUGGAAGAAGAACCUUUUCAUCGUACAGCAGAUGUGGUAUCUAACGAUGGGGUGAAAUAUGAAGAAUCUACUCAAGGCCCACCACCACAUGCCAUGUAUCCUGAAUGGUUCAUGGAAGAAAGAUACUCCACAAACUCAUCUAGCAAAGAUACACUGCCUGAAAUUAUUCCUCCAAGCGAAAACGACCAAAAAAAUGAAUCCAUUUAUACAGUUAUGAUCUCCACUGGUGAUAAUAACCAUGAAGAUUCUCCGCAUCAUACAUUGAGGAAUGUGCUCCGUCCUAUCUGGAGCAAUGAAGACAGACAUCCUACAAACACAUCUAGAGAUGGUGUUCUGCCUGACAUCAUUUCUUCAAGUGAAAGCAAGCAUGAAACAGAUUUGGAAACAUCUCAUACAGCAGUAGUUUCCAGCGAUAGCACUCACUCUGAAGAUUCCACUCAUGAUACAAUGUUGCACGGUGAACAUUCUGAAUGGAAUAAUGAAGAAAAACAUCUCACAAACACAUCUGGAGAUCAUUUGCUGCCUGGAAUUAUUCAUCCAGCUGAAAGCGAGCAUGAAAAUGAUCAUUCAAAAACAGCUGUUGCCUCCAGUGAUAAUGGCAAGCAGGAAGACUCCACACAAAAGCCACUAUGGCAUGGAAUGCAUCCUGGACAGGGUAGCGAAGAUGAAGACACCAUGAAUACAACUAUGGAUACUGUUCCAUCUGGAAUUCCUCCAAGUGAAAGAAAGCAUGAAACAGAAACAUAUCAUACAGCUGUGGUCUCCAAUGGUGGCAGUGACCAUGAAGAUUCUACUCAAGAUCUGCUGACCCAAGAACCACAUCCUGACCAAAACAGGGAACACAGGCAUCCUGCAAACACAACAGUAGAUGAUUUCGUACCUAGAAUUCCUCCUUCAGUUGAAAAUGCCCAUGAAAAGGAAACCUCACAUACAGCUGUGAGUUCCAAUGAUGAUAUCAAACAUGGAGAUGCUACUCAUGAUCCAACAGUACAUGAUACACAUCAUGAAUGGGAUAGAGAAGACAAACAUCCUACAAACAGCACAAAGGAUGAAGUUCCUAUAGAAAUUAUUCCUGCAACUGGAAACAAUAACAAAGAGGAAAUCUCUCAUACAGGUACUGUCAUUCAUAAUGAUCCUGAAGACUCAACUCAACAACCAUUACCUCCAGUUCAUCAGCCAGGCUGGGACACUGAAGAAAAAUAUCCCAUGAAUACUUCUAGAGAUGAUAUACUUAUGGGAGCUGGUUCAAAUAGUGAAAGUGAACACAAUCCUUUACAUACAGAUGUGGUCUAUGAUGGGACCAAAGAAGAUUCAACCCCAGAACCUGUGAGGCAAUGGGGUAGCGAAGACAAGUACACAACAAAAUCCACAGCAGAUGUCUUAUUUCCUGGAAUUGUUCCUCGAAGAGGAAUAAAUCAAAAAAAUAAUACUGAUCAUACAGUGAUAGUCUCCAGUGAUGGAUCCCAAACUGAAGAAUCAACACAAGAUCCACAGUUGUAUGGAUUGCAUCCUGGAUGGAGCAGUGAAGAUGAACAUCUUGUAAAUAACACUCGAGAUUAUGUAAUACCUGGAGCUUUUCCUGAAACUGACAGUGGUUCUGACAGACAUUCAUCAUCUCCUACUGCCAGUUCUGACCCAGAUGAACAUGGAAACGGAUCCCAUGAAGGGAGACAGAAUGUCAUACCAGGAGAAUCACCAAAAAACCAACGACGAAUGGCUCACAUACCAGAUUGGCUUAUCGUAGUUGCUUCUCUCUUGGCACUGGCAUUGAUACUUGGUGUUUGCAUUGCUGUGAAUAGUCGAAGACGAUGUGGACAGAAGCAAAAACUUGUGAUCAACAAUGGCAAAGGAGGCAUAGAUGACAAAAACAUGGGUGGAUUGAACGGAGAAGCCAGUAAAUCUCAAGAAAUGGUGCAUUUAGUACACAAAGAGAAGCCAGGUGACCAAACAGGCCCACAUGAUGAAUUCCUGGCAGUUGAUGAAACACAGAACCAACAAGAUGUGGCCUUGAAGAGUGGCAUGUAAGAGAGCCAUGCCAAUCCGAUUUCAUCAGAAUUGAAGAAACAAAACAAUGUGGGACUAGAACUCAAAAAUGCAAUGAGCUACUGAUGUCUUUGAAGCAUAAUUAAGCAUACAUUUUCUUUUUUUUUUUAAUGGUCAGGUACAAGAUAAAAAUGUCAUUCUCCCUCUGCCCAAGAUUGCUUAAAUUUCCCCAGUUCAAAUUGGUGACCACCAUGUUGCCAACAACACCUGUCUCUCCAUUGUGGUCUGUUUAACCAGCUUUGACCGUUUUCCCCACACUGGUGCAGUUUUUCCUUUGUUUUGUCUUAAUGGAACCAGAAUCUCUAGCCAAUGCCCUAAAACAUUAAGGUACUGAGCAUAUUCUGAGGCCUAGAGAGUCAACAUUAAUCAGAACGGGAGACUUUCAAACAGAAUUCUUAUUUGUCACUUAGACCUGAAGAAUUUGUCAGCUUUAUGAAAUCUCACUCACUUCUUGAUAAUUUGGAAUUAUGUGCUGCAGUGAUUGAAUACAGAAAGUCAGAUUUGUCCAAAAAUUCCAGGAAUAUCCAAUAACAUUUUAAUAGGAUGAAAAGACAAGUAAGAAUUGAUUUUAUAGCAAAUAAAUUUUUAUUCUCUAUAAUCUGAAUAA